AUGUUGCACGAAGUUCAUCAAGGCAUGUCGGCAAUGAAAGCAGUUGCGCGAAGCUAUUUUUGGUGGCCUGGUUUAGAUGAAGAUAUAGAAAUGUUAGCCAGACGUUGUGAAAAGUGUGCAUGUAACAAAAAGAAUCCUCCAGUAGCAGCAGGUAAACCAUGGCCAGCAACGCUAAGGCCAUGGUCACGGUUACAUAUUGAUUAUGCGGGACCCUUUAUGGGUACAAAUUUUUUUAUCGUCGUAGAUGCUCAUAGCAAGUGGAUAGAGGUAAAAAUAACCAGUAAAAUAAAUGCGAUUAGAACAAUCGAGUUAAUGAGAGAAAUAUUUGCAACACAUGGUAUACCAGAUACCAUUGUGUCCGAUAAUGGGCGAACGUUUGUGUCAGAAGAAUUUGAGAAAUAUUUAAAACUUAGCGGUAUAAAUCACAUACGUACGGCACCGUAUCAUCCAUCGUCAAACGGGCAAGCAGAAAGGUUUGUACAAACCAUUAAGAAUCACCUUAAGAAAAUGCAGUCUUCAGACAUCAGUAAGAAUUUGGCAAAUAUACUUUUGCAUCUGCGUACAACUCCUAAUGCAAAUUCAAAUUUGAGUCCAGCAGAAAUCUUGAUGGGAAGGAAGUUGAAAACAUUGUUAGUUCAUUUGCACCCCAGUGAUCACAACACUCAGAAGCAGCUAACUUCUGAUGAGUAUUCCAAACAAAUAAAACCAGUUCGCAGUUUCCAGUGUGGUGAAAGUGUUUGGUACCGAAAUUUUGGAAGAGGUGAAAAGUGGAUGCCAGGGAUUAUACAAUCAACAGGAGAUCGCAACUACAAAAUUCAAUCAAAUAGUGACAUAUUGUCGAGACAUAUUGACCAGUUGCAUAAGCGAGUUUCGGAGACACCGACAAGGUUAGAAUCCAAUAUAACUCCAGUAGCAGUAACUUCAGUGGCACAACCGGAAGAGCAAGACGACCAAGUAAGUGCAGGUCAGUCAUGA